AUGGGUCUUGGUGUGCUCGAGUCUCGUCAUAGGGAACAUGUUCCUGGGACCGUCUUCCUUCAUGAAGCUGGUCGCGUUGAUCUUGAGUUUUCUCUCGAAACCUCCGAAGAGCCGGGCCAACAAUCAGAGGCUUUGAAACACAUCGGCAGUCUUGUCCUUAUCCCUCAGCCAUCAGCUUCGCCAAACGACCCUUUGAACUGGUCGAAAUGGAAAAAGCUCCUUUUCCUCAUUGCGUUCGCUUACGGUUGCGGCGUGGCAGGCGCUGACGGUCCUAUCCUCUCGGCUGCCGCGGUCCAACUCGCUACAGAAUUCGAGGUUGGCCUUCCGAAGUUCAUUUCAAGCUACAAUGGAGUUCUUUUGGGAUGCGUCGCCGUCUCCUCAUUCUUGGGCAAUUCACUCGCAGUCAAGUAUGGCAAGCGGCCGGUCUAUCUAGUCGCCUCAAUCCUGCUCAUCGCGGGCAGCUUCUGGGGCGGAGGUGCAAAGUCAUUGGGCUCCUUGACAGGAUCUCGUGCUCUGGUCGGACUCGGCGUUGGUCCGUGGGAAGCACUUAUACCUGCCAGCAUUGCUGAUGUCUGGUUCGUCCACCAGCGAGGAUUCCGUCUCGGUAUCUUCAACCUCGGUAUCUUCGGUGGCAUCAGCCUUGCACCACCAAUCACCGGUCCCAUCAUUGAAAAGUAUGGCUGGCGUAAUUGUAUGUAUGGUGUUGGCGGAGCGCAUAUACUUCAGCUUAUCUUGACGUUCCUCCUGAUGCCCGAAACUGCAUACCAUCGGUCCGCACACCUCAGUCUCGACACGGCUGAAAAGAGUGACGUUGAUGGCUCGACCAAGAUCACCGGUGCGAAUCAACCCGAGGGAGUCGAACAUACAGAAAAGAUUACAUCACCUGCCGUGGCUACAGGACCGGCUUCCCUCGAAUAUGCUCCUAGCACUGCCAUCUUGCCAACCAUGCGAGAGCUAUUGCCGUGGUCUGGCUAUAACCAUCAUGUCAGCCUCGUCAGCCUCAGCACACGGCCGAUCAGAUUGAUCUUUUCGCCUAUCGUCUUCUGGUGCACGAUCCUGUUUACUACUUGUGUUGCGUGGCUGGUUCUUAUCGCAGUCACCAUCUCACAGAUCUUCUCAGGACCGCCUUACAAAUUCGGUGUGGAGCAGGUUGGAGCCACCAAUCUUUCAUCUUUUGUUGCAUCAGUCAUUGGAGCACUUGUCGCUCACCGUCUCUCGGAUGGUCUGGCUGUGUGGAUGGCUAAAAAGAAUCACGGGAUCUAUGAGCCGGAAUUUCGACUCCCGCUUGUUUUGUCGUAUCUAGUCUUCUCGGCGGUGGGUUUCUUCGUUUGGGGUCAAUCAGUGUACGCAGCUGAACCAUGGGCGGUUCCCGUCAUCAUCGGUCUCGGUUUGAUCAACCUCGGCGUGCAAUUGACCACGACUGCCGUUGCCGCCUACCUUGUCGAUGCUCACCGUCAGAUCUCUGGAGAAGCUUUCGCGCUACUCGGCUUUAUAAGCAAGGUCUUUUGCAUGGGCUUGACAUUCUACAUUACAGAAUGGCUCGUUGAUUCUGGCAUCCGGAAUGCUUUCUUCACUCUUGGUGGAAUAACCGCCGGGCUGGGACUUUCGUCUGUUCCCAUGUACAUAUGGGGCAAAAGAGUUCGCAGCUGGGAGUAUCGUCACGAGGUCGGCUUCCACCUCUGA